AUGUCACUACCCUCCAAUGUUCAUGUCUCUUCGCACCCUUGCCUCCAGGCAAAGCUGUCCCAGCUACGCUCGCAGAGCACCUCCCCCCGCGAGACGAGGGAUCUAGUCAAGGAGAUUGCCUCCAUUCUCGGCGUCGAGGCCUUUGCAAAUGGACUAAAGCUCACCAAGACUGGAACGGACCGCACACCGCUGGGAGUCGAAUACGAGACACAGGGCAUCGACCCAGCAGACCUGGCACUGGUACCCAUUCUCCGUUCGGGAUUGGGCAUGGUUGAUGCCUUGAACGACCUCCUCCCCACCGCAGUCCCAAUCUACCACCUCGGCCUCUUCCGCGAGAAACUCACCCUCCAACCCGUAGAAUACUACAAUAACCUCCCGUUUCACCGAUCAGAGCUCUCCCCCGCCUCCCCCGCUUCUCUCGAUCCCACGACCAACACUGCCGCCUCCACCCUCGCCGUCCUGCUAGAUCCCAUCAUUGCCACGGGUGCUACCGCAGAAGCGGCUAUCCAGUUGCUGCGGGAAUGGGGUGUUAAGAAGGUUAUUAUGUUGAGUGUGCUCGGCUCGGAAGAUGGAGUGAAACGGGCGGCGGAGGUGUGGAAGGAUGGUGUCGAGGUUUGGGUUGGUGCCGUUGAUGAGAAGUGUAAUGAGAAGGGGAUGAUUGUGCCUGGCGUGGGGGAUAUUGGAGACCGACUGUUUGUGGCAAUUGGUAAAUAG